AUGGAGGACCAAUUUGGCGGCCGAACCGACGAUGACCUCUUCUACGAUGACUUUGAACCCGUCGACAGCGAGCCCAUUGUGGUUCAUGAAGAAGCGCAGUCUACUCCUGACCCAUCGCAUGUUGCUCCUGCAGCCGCAGAACAUGCGCAAGCAAGACAAUCCAAACCCAAAAAGUCGUCGUCGCCACCCGCGCAACCCACAAUCAGCAAUAGGCCCUCGCCCUCGCCCUCGCCCUCAACAUCGCGAUCACAGUCACAGUCACAGUCACAGUCACAGUCCCAGCCCCAGCCCCAGAUCAAAGGUGGAAACCUAUCCUCGUCACGCUUCGCUCGUAAGGAGAACUUCAACAUGAGACAACAGUCGACGCCGCCACCGCCGCCGCCGCCACCCUUGCCAGAAGCUAAAUCGCCCGCGCCAACCAAGGAAUCAGGAGAGAACAGACAGGUCAAGGAAAAAGAAAUGGAUUCCAAAGGCGACAAGGCAAAAGACAGCACUCCACCGCCCAAUGCGCCCACUGCCCCUGCCAAGGACAAGAAAUCUCACCUUCCUUCACAAAAUACAGCUGCGAAUGCCGAGGCGCGACUUCAAUCCGGCGCCAAUCCGCGCCAGAAACUCACUGACGAGGAACUUACUGCCAAGAUGGAAAAGAUGAAAUUGCUGGCGGCAGAGAAGACACGCCAGUUUGAGAGGGCUGAAAAGGAUGAACAACAACAUGCUCAGGCGUAUGCCAAGGGUAUGGAGGAAGCUCGCAAGCGCCGAGCAGAAGAAGCGGAACGAAGGCGUCGGGGAGAAGAGGAUAAACGCAAGCUUGAUGAUGAACGCGCAAAGAAUCGUGAGCGCAAGCUCAAAGCUAUGGGCAUGAAAGAAGGUGGCUGGGACGAGGGCAAGGAGGCCAUCCUGGAGGAAGAAGCCAGAAGAGGUUUCAGGGGAGCCAACGGUGGCAUCAGAGGCACGAAGCGUGGUGGUCUGGCAGGCAGUCGAUAUUUCCGAGAAGCAGAUGAUCAACCCGAUGUUGACCGUUUCCUGGAUGACCGGCAUCGUAACAGGGGAAGGGGACGCGAUGGACGUGGAGAGGGACGCGGACGAGGUGGUGCUCGUGGAGGAUUCGAUGGCUCACCGUCGAAACCAAGGGACAAAAAUGUACCAGCGCCGUCUCUUACUGCGGAGGAUUUCCCAGCACUGCCCUCGGAAGGAAACCGGAAGCCAAUUCAACCGCUCGCGCCGGUCACAUACCCACCGAAAGCCGCACCGGCCCCUGCCCCAGCCUUACCAUCACCACCUCCUGCUGGCGGCAAAUGGGACGAUGAGAUGGAGGCUCUGGAUGAGCUUACGCAGCAAGGGAAAUCAUAG